AUGAUGAAAGCGUUUUGUGACACCCUGUCCUGCUUAUUCCUUUUCUGUAUCCACAUCACUUACCACAGCCACAUUGUAAAUCUUGUUGCUUCAGAUUUCAAGAAGGGUUUCAAAGAAGUGACCAAGUUUGUGAAGUGUUUCCGCAAUCUCUUCUUCGUUCCAAGUGGAAGGAAAAGCAGAUUUUUGAAUUUCCUGCAAAAGGCCCUAAAUCCAGGGGACAGUGUCACUAUGCCACCUAACCCGACAACCAAAAGCUGGAGUGCUUGGUUCGACUCUGUCCUGUACCACGCUAAGUUUUACUUCCUCUUUGAAGAUUUUGUCCAAGAGGAACUUAGUCGAGGAAGAAAUGUUGCCAGCAGUUCCCUCCUGCGUCUACAGGAAAUCUUUCAAGAUGAAAGUUUCAUGAAGAAGCUUCGUGCUCAAUUUGCCUUUCUGGAAGUCAAGGCACCAACUCUCGUGGUGUACCUAAAUUAUUUUCAGGAGCGAAUGCCACACGUUACACAGGCUCAUGAGAAAAUGGAGAGUUUGUUACAGUACCUGCAUGCAAAUACAAAUGUGGAGGAAGAUCUUAAAUUCUGUUUUGAAGGGGACUUCAACUGCAAAGAGAAGAAGGAACUGAUGUGACUUUUCAAUUCAGCCUUUGCUGACACCCAUGCUAAACUUUGCAAGUAUUUUGUGGAUGGAGCACAACCAGCUUUAAAGUUUCUUCAGCAAAUAUGA